AUGCGGAAGAGAUAGGCCUGCUGGAGCGGAAGUGACGAUUCAGGAGGCUCUGGCGGCAGCAGGGGCUGCGGGAGCAGGAGGAGGAGCCGGAGGAAGAGGGCUCCCUCUGAAGACAGAAUGGCGUUCAGCAAAGGAUUUCGAAUCUAUCACAAAUUGGAUCCUCCACCUUUCAGCCUUAUAGUGGAAACUAGGCAUAAAGAUGAAUGUCUCAUGUUUGAGUCUGGGGCUGUGGCCGUGCUCUCAUCUGCAGAAAAAGAAGCGAUCAAAGGUACAUACUCCAAAGUAAUGGAUGCAUAUGGACUCUUAGGUGUUUUACGAUUAAAUCUUGGUGAUACUAUGUUACAUUAUCUGGUCCUAGUCACUGGAUGUAUGUCUGUUGGAAAAAUUCAAGAAUCUGAAGUUUUCCGAGUUACUUCCACUGAGUUUAUAUCACUACGAGUUGAUUCUUCAGAUGAGGAUCGCAUUUCAGAAGUUCGAAAAGUUUUGAAUUCAGGAAACUUUUAUUUUGCAUGGUCUGCAUCUGGAAUUAGUUUAGAUCUGAGUCUUAAUGCACAUCGUAGCAUGCAGGAACACACAACUGAUAAUAGAUUUUUCUGGAAUCAAUCUUUGCACUUGCAUCUCAAGCACUAUGGUGUGAAUUGUGAUGACUGGUUGUUACGCCUCAUGUGUGGAGGAGUAGAAAUCAGAACAAUUUAUGCUGCUCAUAAACAGGCAAAGGCUUGCCUCAUUUCAAGACUAAGCUGUGAACGAGCUGGGACCAGGUUUAAUGUCCGGGGAACAAACGAUGAUGGUCACGUCGCUAAUUUUGUAGAAACAGAACAGGUUGUAUACUUGGAUGACUCUAUUUCUUCCUUCAUACAAAUCCGGGGAUCUGUUCCCUUGUUCUGGGAACAGCCAGGUUUGCAGGUGGGAUCCCAUCGUGUCCGUAUGUCAAGGGGAUUUGAAGCCAAUGCACCUGCUUUUGACAGGCAUUUUAGAACACUUAAGAGUUUAUAUGGUAAACAAAUAAUAGUAAAUUUGCUUGGGUCUAAGGAAGGUGAACAUAUGCUAAGUAAGGCUUUCCAGAGUCAUUUGAAAGCUUCUGAACAUGCCACUGAUAUCCAGAUGGUGAAUUUUGACUAUCAUCAAAUGGUUAAAGGAGGAAAGGCAGAAAAAUUACAUAGUAUUCUAAAACCUCAAGUCCAAAAGUUUCUAGAUUAUGGAUUUUUUUAUUUCAAUGGAAGUGAAGUUCAAAGAUGCCAGAGCGGUACAGUUCGAACAAACUGCUUGGAUUGUCUUGAUAGAACAAAUAGUGUACAGGCAUUCCUUGGCUUAGAGAUGCUAGCUAAGCAGUUGGAAGCCCUUGGCUUAGCUGAAAAGCCUCAGCUGGUGACCCGCUUUCAAGAAGUCUUUCGGUCAAUGUGGUCUGUGAAUGGUGAUUCGAUCAGUAAGAUAUAUGCAGGAACUGGAGCGCUUGAAGGGAAGGCGAAGUUAAAAGAUGGUGCUCGUUCUGUUACCAGAACAAUUCAGAACAACUUUUUUGACAGCUCCAAGCAAGAGGCCAUUGAUGUUUUGCUUCUGGGAAACACUCUGAAUAGUGAUUUAGCUGACAAAGCUCGCGCACUCUUAACUACUGGAAGUUUGCGUGUUUCUGAACAGACAUUACAGUCAGCAUCUUCUAAAGUACUAAAGAACAUGUGCGAGAAUUUCUACAAGUAUUCAAAGCCGAAGAAAAUUCGAGUAUGUGUUGGGACCUGGAACGUGAAUGGUGGGAAACAGUUUCGCAGCAUAGCUUUUAAGAAUCAGACACUCACCGACUGGCUACUGGAUGCACCCAAGUUAGCUGGCAUCCAGGAAUUUCAAGACAGAAGAAGUAAGCCAACUGAUAUAUUUGCAAUUGGUUUUGAAGAAAUGGUAGAGUUGAAUGCUGGAAACAUUGUGAAUGCAAGCACAACUAAUCAGAAGCUCUGGGCUGUGGAACUUCAGAAGACAAUCUCUAGAGACAACAAGUAUGUGCUGCUGGCUUCUGAGCAGUUGGUGGGCGUGUGCCUCUUUGUUUUUAUCAGACCACAGCAUGCUCCUUUUAUCAGGGAUGUUGCAGUUGAUACUGUGAAGACUGGGAUGGGUGGUGCAACUGGAAAUAAGGGAGCAGUGGCAAUCCGAAUGCUGUUUCACACAACAAGCCUCUGCUUUGUCUGUAGCCACUUUGCUGCAGGGCAAUCACAAGUCAAAGAAAGAAAUGAAGAUUUUAUAGAAAUAGCACGAAAAUUGAGUUUUCCCAUGGGAAGGAUGCUGUUUUCUCAUGAUUAUGUAUUUUGGUGUGGUGAUUUCAACUAUCGAAUAGACCUCCCUAAUGAAGAAGUUAAAGAGCUCAUAAGGCAGCAAAAUUGGGAUUCUCUUAUAGCUGGGGAUCAAUUAAUCAAUCAGAAAAAUACUGGACAGAUAUUUAGAGGCUUUUUAGAGGGAAAAGUAACUUUUGCUCCAACAUAUAAGUAUGAUUUGUUCUCCGAUGACUAUGACACCAGUGAAAAGUGCCGCACCCCAGCAUGGACAGACCGCGUCCUCUGGAGAAGAAGGAAGUGGCCUUUUGAUAGAUCAGCUGAAGAUUUAGACCUUCUGAAUGCUAGUUUUCAAGAUGAAAGCAAAAUUAUUUACACCUGGACUCCUGGCACUUUGCUGCACUAUGGAAGGGCUGAGCUGAAGACUUCUGACCAUAGGCCUGUUAUUGCCCUGAUUGAUAUAGAUAUAUUUGAAGUUGAAGCUGAAGAAAGGCAAAACAUUUAUAAAGAAGUGAUUGCAGUUCAGGGUCCACCAGAUGGCACAGUAUUGGUGUCGAUCAAAAGUUCUUUACCAGAAAAUAAUUUUUUUGAUGAUGCUUUGAUUGAUGAGCUUCUCCAGCAGUUUGCAAAUUUUGGUGAAGUUAUACUGAUAAGAUUUGUAGAAGAUAAGAUGUGGGUUACAUUUUUGGAGGGAAGCUCUGCCUUGAGUGUUCUGAACCUAAAUGGUAAAGAGUUAUUAGGCCGGACUAUAACUAUCACUUUAAAAAGUCCAGACUGGAUCAAAACUUUGGAAGAAGAAAUGAGUUUGGAGAAAAUUGGCGUGCCAUUACCAUCAUCAACCAGCUCUACCCUGCUUGGUGAAGAUGCGGAGGUCACAGCAGAUUUUGAUAUGGAAGGUGAUGUUGAUGACUAUAGUGCUGAAGUAGAGGAAAUUCUUCCUCAGCAUCUCCAGCCAUCUUCAAGCUCUGGCCUUGGCACUUCACCGAGCUCUUCACCCCGGACCAGUCCCUGUCAGUCACCUACCAUAGCAGAGGGUCCUAUACCAUCCCUUCCCGUAAGGCCAAGUCGAGCACCAUCAAGAACUCCGGGACCUCCAAGUUCAAGUUCUCCUGUUGACACUCAGCCAGCAACCCAAUUACAGCAGAAAGAUUCUUCUCAGAUCUUAGAGCCCAAACGGCCUCCUCCUCCCCGCCCAGUUGCUCCUCCCACACGUCCAGCUCCCCCACAAAGACCACCUCCACCAUCAGGGGCUAGGAGUCCUGCACCUGCUAGAAAAGAAUUUGGAGGUGUUGGAGCCCCUCCCAGUCCUGGGGUAGCUAGGAGAGAAAUGGAAGCACCCAAAAGCCCUGGAAUGACACGGAAAGAGAUAGGACGUAAUCAGCCUUCACCUCAGGCAGGACUCUCAGGCCCAGCCCCUGCUGGAUACAGUGCAGCCAGACCGAUGAUUCCACCCCGUGCAGGAGUUAUUAGUGCGCCACAGAGCCAUGCUCGGGUGUCUGCUGGAAGACUAACUCCUGAAAGCCAAAGCAAACCAUCUGAAGUACCAAAAGGUUCAGCUCACCUUCCUGAACCACUGAAGCCUCAGGCUGCCCUUCCUGUGCAGCCUUCUCUGCCCCCACCUGUUCAAAAGAUGCAGGAGCCUCUUAUCCCUAUGGCAGCACCUUUGCCUCAGUCUGUCCCCCAGCCAAUUUUGGAAACUCCCCCCCAGCCACCACCUCGAAGCAGGUCAUCCCAUAACUUGCCUUCAGAAUCUUCCUCACAACAGCAAGUAAAAACAAAUGGAGUCUCUGAUGUCACUCUGGAACCACCAUUGAAGAAUGACCCAUUUGAAGAGCUGUCAUUUAAUCUGCUUGCUGUGUCAAAGGCUCAGUUAUCUGUUCAAACAUCACCUGCUCUAACCCAAAACUCAAAAGGGUUUAUCCAGUUGCCUUCUGCAAUACAAAGUAAUGUUGAUACUCUGAGUGUUGUAAGUUGCAUGCCAACAAUGCCUCCAAUUCCAGCCCGGAGUAAAUCCCAGGAAAAUAUGCGAAGUUCUCCAAACCCAUUUAUCACUAGCUUGAGCAGCACAAAUCCUUUCACUGACAGGACUGCUGCUCCUGGAAACCCAUUUAGAGCUGAGUCUCAAGAAUCAGAAGUAGCUUCAUGGUUUUCCAAAGAAGGGCUUGUUGUUAAUAGUCCUUCCCCUUCUCUCCAGCACCUCGAUCCUAGCAGAAGCAAGCCUUCAUCUUCACUUGAUGGCUUUGAGGACAAUUUUGAUCUGCAGAGCCAAUCCUCAGAUAAAAUUAGUAAUCCAAAAGGAUGGGUAACCUUCGAGGAGGGAGAGGACUUUGGUGUGAAGCAGAAAUCAAAGUCAGCUUGUUGUCCAGGCUCACUGGGUAACCUGCCAGCUUCAUUUUCUGGCUCAAAUUUGACAUUUGAUGAUGACUGGAAUAAAGGUACAAAUGUUCCUUUCUGUGUGUUGCCAUCAAGAAGACCACCCCCACCGCCUGUCCCUCCACCUGGUCCUGCCCCUCCAAGAGAUCCUUUCACAACCCCAGUCUCGAAGGCAUCACCCACUCUAGAUUUUACAGAAAGAUAA